AUGCGCUCCAACAUAUUUGGUGACGCCGAACUCGAACGACUACGACGUGAGGCUAUUCCUUCAUCGAAUGGAAAUGCUACGGCUGGGAAUGCGGCGCCACUAGAUGCGCAACAAACUGCAUACGUGGAUGCUGCCGUCAACAUUACAUUUGUGGCUAAUUCAGACGAUGAUGGAAUAGUCUCCCACGAACUAGAGAUAAUGAGGAGCAUAUUGGAAGAGUCGAUGCUGGAAACGCGCAGCAUGCCUCUCGAAAAUCGACCGCGACUUCCCCGCAUACCCCUUAGCAAGCGAAAUCGGGCUGUCGUGCGGGCUCUUAACCCAAUGCUGGUGACCUAUUUGGAAGCCAGCCGGGACCUUUGCGAGACGGAUUCAAUUCUUUUUGGCGCCGCACUGGCAGUAUGCCGUAUUAUUGGCGCCAAACUUCCCAUGGCUGGACGCGCUACUCAAAAAAGUAGCGCCAUUCCAGCCUGGAGAAAAAAGAAUUGA